UAUCCCCUAAACUCGGGAGGCCAAAACACCAGGUCCGACCUUUUACCGUCACCGAAAGUAACUUACUAUCGAGUCCUCCCGCGAAGGCCAUCUGUUGGCGUGGCGCUCAUGGGCAGAAGUUGUUUUUCGAAGGACAGAUAAGUCUCGCGAAAACUACUGCUGAUAGAAAACCCAAGUUAAACUCCAACUGGCGAUAACCAGGCCCCCCGGUCCUGCGUUUUUCUUCGGUAGAUGUACACGCAACCAUGGACCAGAUAUUCUUCGAGGCUCGCAGUAUGGUGAGCGUAAUGCUCGAUUGGCGACAUGCUACUUACAUACUACUUCCCCUAAUCUGCCUCUCCACGUAUUUCAUCGUGCUAGCUCAGGGCUUCCUCACGGUCCGCAACAAAAAGGAUGGCAGCUUACCCCCGACCGUUCCGUAUGCUAUUCCCUUUCUUCGACAUCUGCCAGCUUUUAUUCGAGAUAGAGAAAGAUUCCUGGGCAAGGCCAUCGUUCGAUAUGGCGCAUAUGUCCCAGUCAGGAUUCACAUCUUGAAUAGAUCUAUGACUCUGCUGUCCGGAGCGAAGCACAUUUCCACUCUAUUCCGGAACUCGCGAGACCUGAACAAUGACCACUGGCAGGUUCAGAUUCUCGUCAAUGCAUUUGGUCUUCCUCGGGAGGAUGGCGACGUCCUUCUCAAAGACGACACGGGGAUCAAUGCUCAGCCGCAUCCCAAUAGCACCAUGACUGUGGCCGAGCACCGGAUCUUUUAUCUCCAUCACCACACAUUUGCCACCUGUCUGACCGGUUCCAGCUUGGACGCUCUAGCCAAACAGCUCGUCCAGACUCUAUCAGACCAGUUCUCGAAUUGUGAUAUUGGCCACGACACCUGGACUGAACUCCCAGACAUAUAUACCAAUUUCAUCCGGAAGGAAGUCUUCCACGCAGCCAUCACCGCUCUAUGCGGCACGCAUAUUUUAGAAAUCAUCCCGACGCUCGAUGAGGAUUUCUGGGCUUUCGAUCAUGCGAUGCCGGAUUUAUUCCAAGAGAUGCCACGAUUCCUGGUCCCGGAUGCUUAUCGUUCUCGCGAUCGGAUGAAGCAGAAUAUUAUGAAAUGGCAUGAUUUCGCGAACAGACAUUACGACGUUACUCGAGCUGAAGAAGACGAGCGGGAGUGGGAGGAGUUCUUCGGAUCUAGAGUCAUGAGGAUCAGACAGAAGAUAUUCCAUCGGACGCCACUGACUCCUGAGGGAUACGCAGCUGAUGAUCUGGGUAUGAUCUGGGGAGCAAACGGCAACGCCAUCCCAGCAGCAGGCUGGUGCAUCCUAGAAGUCAUCAAACGCCCUGAUCUACACCGACGCGUCCUGGAUGAAAUAUCAGACUCCAUCACCAUCACCCACGACGGAACGGAUCCCAAAAUUUCCAUUGACAUUCCCCGUCUUUGCAGCCAACCUUAUCUGCAAUCCAUCUACGCGGAAACACUACGUCUACGUACCGGAAUCGUCCUAUCUCGUGUACCCACUUCAGACCUCACCAUCGACGGCUGGCGGUUCAAAAAGGACGAACCCAUAAUGGCAUCUAGCUGGUUCAGCGGUCGCGAUGCUUCUGUCUGGAAUACUGGUUCUCCUGAUGAUCCUCAUCCCGUUAGUGAGUUCUGGCCAGAGAGAUUCCUCGUCUAUCCCAAUGAUCCGGAUAGUGGGCCCAUCAGAAGAUCCGGAACAACAUCAACAUCAACGACAACAUCCCAGGGACAAAAACACGAGAAAACCGAACAUCCCCCAAACCCCAAAUUCUCACUCUCCAACACCGCCGGAUCAUGGAUCCCGUACGGAGGCGGGGUAAAGAUCUGUCCCGGUCGACACUUCGCGAAGCAGGAAAUCAUAGUCGUGAUGGCGCUCUUCCUUACCAUGUUUGAGGUUGAGGUUCUAAUGACGGAGGAGGAGCUGCAGAAUGCUAUGAAGCCCGAUCAGAGGUUCUUUAUGUUUGGAGUCAUGCCGCCGGCGGGGAAGAUUCGAGCUCGAAUGAGGAGGAAGAGGUUGUGAUUGAUUGUGAUUGGUUUGAAUAUGUAUAUAGGUGUUGUUUUUGUGUCGUAUAUAUAGGUUUCCAUCUAUGCAUCUAUGGGAUGUAAUAUAGGGCUUGGUGGUUUAAAUGUGGAUAUCACUAUAUGGAGAUGUGAUAGGUUGGAUGACGAGCUGAAUGAUUGACGCGUGUCCAGGUGCUCCUGUUUUGCAAAUUGCGAUAUGAUCCUUUUCAUAGCAUACAUGUCUAGCGGAUACGGGAGGGAAGCAUUGAAGAUUUCAAUUGUAUUU